CGGGCAACACUGCGUGACCAAUCGGGGAGACGCCUUGGUCUUGCCCGGGGACUCGUGGGAUAACUUGCUCUUGGGAACUAGCACUAUGGCGUCUGGCUGCAAGAUUGGCCCUUCCAUCCUCAACAGCGACCUGGCCAAUUUAGGGGCCGAGUGCCUCCGAAUGCUGGACUCUGGGGCCGACUAUCUGCACCUGGAUGCACCCUGCUCUUCAGGGAGGCAUUUUGUUCCCAACAUCACCUUUGGUCACCCUGUGGUAGAAAGCCUCCGAAAGCAGCUAGGCCAGGACCCUUUCUUUGACAUGCACAUGAUGGUGUCGAGGCCGGAACAGUGGGUAAAGCCAAUGGCUGUAGCCGGAGCCAAUCAGUAUACCUUUCAUCUCGAGGCUACUGAGAACCCAGGGGUUUUGAUUAAAGACAUUCGGGAGAAUGGGAUGAAGGUUGGCCUUGCCAUCAAACCAGGAACUACAGUGGAGUAUUUGGCACCGUGGGCUAAUCAGAUAGAUAUGGCAUUGGUUAUGACAGUGGAACCUGGGUUUGGAGGGCAGAAAUUCAUGGAAGACAUGAUGCCCAAGGUUCAUUGGUUGAGGACCCAGUUCCCGUCUUUGGACAUAGAGGUCGAUGGUGGAGUAGGUCCUGAGACCAUCCAUAAAUGUGCAGAGGCAGGCGCUAACAUGAUUGUGUCUGGCAGUGCCAUUAUGAGGAGUGAAGACCCCAGAUCUGUGAUCAACCUGUUACGAAAUGUUUGCUCAGAAGCUGCUCAGAAACGCUCUCUCGAUCGAUGAAAGCACAAGGCAUCCCACGUUUCUGCUCAUGAAAUCUUUUUACUGGAAAACAAGAAUAUUGACUACCAAAUCCUAUCACAAUUGAGGCAGUGCUGCUUCUCUGAGCAGUUAUUCAUUCCAGUGACUAACAUCUGUUGUGCAGAAUGUUCCAAGAGGUUAGAAAUUGGUGUGUAUUACUACUUUUUAGUGAUGGAAUUUAAAGGAUAAUGUGGUGAAAUAUACCAUUUUUACUGGGAAACUUGAUUUUUAUAAAGAGUAAAAAUAUGGCUGUUUUACAGGUUAUAAACAGAAAUGUGUCUUAAUUCCUAAGGAAGGCGUAUUAGGUACUAUGAAAAAAAUGUUUUUUCUCCAUUUCUAAAAAGUGUUUUCUGUUGUUUCUCGGCUAUUUUCCAAAAGCAAAGGAAGUCCUUCUGUUUUUCCUGUUUCAUGUCAUUAUUGAUUUGUAUAUACCG